ACCUGCGGGCGUACAGCGAUUUAGGGACAGUCUGUUCUCUGUGCUGCAGUCCCUUGACAAUAGAGAGUAUCACCAGGUCGUCCUCUCUGAGACGAAAGAAAGCUUCUUUAGGAUCAAUAAGAUCUGAUAUGGUCUAGUAUCGGGCAACGAAGAGCCCUCUGAGCGGACACAACUUGGCUGGGUUACUCACACAGAUAUCGUUUCAGAAAAGACGACUCCAUACAGUUCGCCGAGGCUGCAUGGACAGAGCGUUAAGCCUUCACCCACAGCAACGUAGUGAGUGUUGUUGAAACUUUAGCGUGCGUGUUGAAAGAUGGGUGCUAAUCCGUGGAGUAUACUAGUGAUCUGGGACUACCUGCUGUCGGGGUGAUGUCAUUCAAAAGGAGCACCCUUAAGUAUAUUCCUCCAUUCUGUUUAUGUUAUAGGACAUAUAUAAUUCAUUAGAAAAGGUAAUUACUACACUACCGUUUGCUGGCAUUGUCUACAUUGAUUAUAUGAGAAGAGUUUCUUAAAGCACACCUUGGAGUAUUUCAAAGAGCGUCGUUGUGUGCUUGAGAUUCAGUUUCUACAUUAACCUGCACAUCAGGAAGCAAUCUUCCUGGUAUUCAUUCUGGCAUUUCAGAUGUCACAUGGUGAGGAAAUGUUGGUUGACCGAUGUUGACAUUUUACAUAUCGACUUCACACUUUCGUCAGUGAUGUACAUGCAGUCUGCCAUGAAACAAUUAGCGGUGAUUGCAUAAGCUUGUACGUGGACCAUUGAACUGGAUAGACAAGGAUACAGGAAAAUACUCCCUGGGAACUACAGAUGAAACUCAUGUCAGCGUGACUGUCGCUGACUUCAUUGUUCGAUGAAACAUAUGGCGAAGGACACAGUUGGAUGAAAUUAAAACGAAUUCUCUUUUGACUGUGUAGGAUAUAUCGUAUAAGUACACGAGUCACGUUUGUCCGCAUAAUUGUUUGACUAAUUUCAAACUUGAUGUUUUUAUUUGAAUAAUGUAUGUCGCUUAAUUUCAUCAAAAUGUGUAUACAUAUCCCGGUAAUACUAAUGUCAUCAGGCAUAUGUCAAUAUUUUGUGCUUGACAUAUGCAUAUCAGUAAUAUAAUCCAGUAACAAUAUCAGCGAGAGUAAGCUGACUCAUGUGUUCUAAAGUUAGACGUAUAAACUCCAUCCUACAUUGACUAUACAACAGAUGUGAGAUGUGCCCAUGUACAAUGGUAUACGAUUUGGUUGUGAACAGAGGUUAAUCAAACCGCCACAGCUAGUUAUUUAAUCAGAUGUCAGCCAGGUGCGACUACAGCAUUUGCUGCUGUCACCUUACUCCUGUUUCACUCUGUGUGACUUCAGUGUGACUUAUCGACCCGACUUCCCCAACACGCCACAUUCCAGCUAGCCGAUUCAACCUGUGGAGUCGACAUAUAUUCUUUAUCGUUGCACAAUACACGUCCAGCGAGCAUGACCUGAGUUGAGCGCUGUGUAUCAACAGCUUCCUGUUCAGAAGACACCACGUGACGUUUCUUCCUAUAUAGGCACUGAAGAGAAGACCAUGACGCCACAAUAUAUUUGAUGAAAGGAUGAUUAGCGUAAUGCUAUACUAAUCUGAUGACUAGAAAAUUAGAGGAAGACACUGAAGCUCUGAAGAAGUGACAAGCUUCCUCCUUCAGCCAGGCUCAUUCGUCUACAGUCAUGGGGUACCUUCCUUGUGCCUUGGUUUGUCUUUGGCUGCCUGUUUGUUUGUCUAUGGAAGUCAAACUUGCUGUGAUUUUGCCUUUCGACGACGAACGUAUGUUCUCGGUGAGACGAAUUGCACCGGCUAUUAACCUUGCUAUUACCGAAAUCAAUGAAGACAAGACUUUAAUGAAGAAUCACAAAUUCUCCGUUAAAUACAACGACUCGAAAUGUGACAUAGCAGAAGGAAUUAACAAAGCUAUCACUUUCUACAUCAGGAAAGAAGCCCACGUGUUUCUUGGACCUGUGUGUGAUUUUGCAGUUGCCCCCGUUGGACGACAAGUAUCUUUCUGGAAUAUACCCGUCAUUUCUGGAGGGGCCAUGGCUCGAGAUUUUAGUGUGUACAGAUCGACGCAGUACCAGCUUCUUACGAGAGUAGGGCCUGUUAAUUCUAGGUCCCUAUCAAUAUUCUUCGCCAAGUUGAUGUCUCAUUACAAGUGGUUGAAGAUCAAACUUCUGUAUUCAAAGGAGGGCCAGGAUUAUCUCAUUAAGGGACUGUGUCAUUUGGCUAUAGAAGCUUUGCAUUACGAUCUGGACGCGCUGGCCCCUAACAUAACUCAGGAUUAUUUCCGUCUUGAUAGUAAAACCGACAUGGAGAAAUUGUUGAAGGAGGAGAUCGGCCUUGAUUACUCAGUCGUGGUCCUCUGUGCCUCCCCACAAGCUGUAAGGGAAAUCAUGAUCAAAGCUCAUGAGCUCAACUUCGACAAUGGAGAAUACGUCUUUUUCAACAUAGACUUAUUCAGCAGUAAAAACGACAGUGAACGUCCGUGGUACAAAGAAGGUGACGACGAAGAAAGAAACAAUAAAGCCAGAAUAGCGUACGAGGCCUUGAUGACCGUGACGCUGCGUAAACCAACAAGCCCCGAGUACAAGAUCUUCUCCACUGAAGUGAAAAGGAGAGCCAAGGAAAUGUAUGAAAACUUUACAUACGGAGAAGAGGAGGUCAACAGCUUUGUGGGGGCAUUUCACGACGCCGUGAUCCUGUAUGCGCUUGCAUUGAACGAAACUCUGGCGGCGAACAUUUCUAUAACCAAUGGUUCGGAAAUCACCAAACGGAUGUGGAAUCGAACAUUCGAAGGUAUAACAGGUACUGUCAGUAUAGAUCAGAAUGGGGACCGGAAUGCUGACUAUUCGCUACUUGAUCUCAACCCUGACACUGAUACGUUUGAGGUUGUGGCAAAUUACUAUGGUAACAAGAAACAGUAUGAGCCAGUUGAGCACAAGUCCAUUCACUGGGCGGGAGGAAGGAACAGUCCCCCUCCAGACACCCCUGAUUGUGGCUUUGACGGUUCCAAAUGCCCGCCUGAUGAACCCUUCCCGGAGUACGGCAUUGUGAUUAUCGUCUUGGGCUCUAUUAUUCUCAUCGUACUGGUGGCGGCUUUCUUCAUCUACAGACAUAUAAAACUAGAAGCGGAACUUGCCGAAAUGAACUGGAGAGUGCGUUGGGAAGAUAUCAUUUUUGGAUCGCCGGAAAAGAAUCGGAAAUUGGAACGUCACGGAAGCCGAAUGAGCUUGAACAGGAGAAUGUCUUACAAUAGUUCGUGUUCGGGUGACACAAUUGCUGCUCACCUGAGUGAUGGUGCCAAUCGACAACUCUUCACAAAAACAGGAUACUAUAAGGGCGCCAUUGUUGCUGUCAAACAGAUACCCAAAUCAAGCAUAACAAUUACUAAAACACUCUUACUGGAGGUGAAGCGGAUUAAGGAUUUACAAAAUGACCACACCGUCCGAUUCAUUGGCGCCUGCAUUGACCCACCAAAUAAGUGUGUACUGACAGAAUACUGUCCCAAGGGCAGUCUUCAGGAUGUUUUAGAAAAUGAACAAAUCAAAUUAGACUGGAUGUUUCGAUAUUCCAUCAUGCAAGACAUCGUCAGGGGUAUGGCGUAUCUUCAUAGCAGUGAAAUCCAUUCCCAUGGCAACAUGAAAAGCACCAACUGCGUUGUGGACAGUCGUUUUGUAGUUAAAAUCACAGAUUUUGGUAUUCACUCAUUCCGAGGGACACAGGAAGACGUGGAAGGGGGCACAUAUGCUUAUUACAGAAGCAAGUUGUGGACGGCCCCAGAGCUGCUGCGACUACACCAUCGACCUCCUGAAGGCAACAUCAAGGGAGACGUCUACAGCUUCGGCAUUAUCUGCCAGGAAAUCGUGUAUAGAAGUGGCGUCUUCUUCCUCGCCAACGCGGACUACAGCCCAGAAGAUAUAUAUGAAAAGCUGAAGAACGGGGUGCGGCCAUACUUCCGACCCACGUUAGAGGAAUAUGACUGUCCGUGUGACGAACUUGCUGAUGUCAUCAAGAGAUGCUGGGCGGAAGACCCGGCCGAGCGACCCGACUUUACGGCUCUCAAAUCGAUCAUUAGAAAACUUAACAAGGACGGCGACAAAGGGAACAUCCUUGACAACCUGCUGUCUCGGAUGGAACAGUACGCCAACAACUUGGAAGCUCUCGUGUCGGAACGGACAGCUGAUUAUCUGGAGGAGAAGAAGAGAGCGGAAGAUCUACUCUACUCCAUGCUGCCAAAGGAAGUUGCUACACAACUUAUACGUGGCAAAUCUGUCGCGGCUGAGAACUUUGAAUCUGUCACAAUCUACUUCUCCGACAUUUGUGGCUUCACAGCGCUGUCUGCAGACAGCACGCCUAUGCAGGUGAUCGAUCUGUUGAAUGAUCUGUACACAACCUUCGAUUCCAUCAUUGAGAACUUUGAUGUCUACAAGGUGGAGACAAUCGGAGAUGCAUACAUGGUGGUGUCUGGACUUCCGGUUCGGAACGGAACCUUCCACGCCAGAGAGAUUGCUCGGAUGUCGCUAGCCCUCCUUAAUGCUGUGAUGUGCUUCAAGAUCCGCCACAGACCCAAUGACCAACUGAAACUUAGGAUAGGAAUACAUACAGGCUCCGUGUGUGCGGGUGUGGUCGGUUUGAAAAUGCCCCGGUAUUGUCUGUUUGGGGAUACUGUCAACACCUCUUCUAGAAUGGAGUCAAAUGGACUACCUCUAAGAAUACACGUUAGUGAUUUCACGAAACAGGUGCUUGAUGAGUUCAAGACCUUUGAAUUAGAAUGUCGAGGUGCAGUAGAAAUGAAGGGCAAAGGUAAAAUGACGACAUAUUGGCUAUUAGGAGAACGUGAGUCUGCUGACAACACGAGUCCUCUGAGGGCCAUUGCAUCAUGACGUCAUUCGUGACGACAUCAAUAACGUCAUAUCAGCUGACAAGCAAUCUACGAGUGUUGCAAGUUGUGCAUAUAUAACUGUAAAGGAGAAGUGUGAAAGUAAACAGAAAUGAAAUGGUUCAACGCCACAGUGCUCAUUGUGGAUUUGCCAUUGUGUAUUAGACAGGUGGCUGUAUUGUGCAAGUUUCUGCGAAACUUUCGAAUAUUUCAACUUUGAUGAUUAUUUUUCAUUUUGGCUGAGAAGAUCGUAAGUAGUUGACGCUCUGUCUCCGAAGUGUGACUGGUUGCAUCAAGUGCCGCGACGACGUUUCACCAUUCCAUUACUUCUCGUGUUCACUGAAUGACUGACAGUUGUGAGUGCCUAAUGAGAGAGAUCAAGGGAAGAAAUGUAUUCAUGUUGACUAUUUCGGUGGUGCCUACACGCUUGAAAUAGACGUUAAAGUGUGGAUCUAAUCAAGUGUAAUCAUUUGAUGAUAUGACUGCUUCCAUACCUUCGCCAUAUCAGCGAUGAUGUUAUUUGUCCCAAAUCCACAGAGUCUGUCAGUGUCUUUCAGCUUCAUGUGCAUAUCUUAGUGCAUAGACCACUUGUACAUUUCAGCAUGGCGUCACUCCUGUCUCCAACAACCGAGACAUGAAUGUAAAUCUAUGUACAUAGAUACGUUUAUUUCCAAUCUGGAUCUGUUACUGCUAUUUAUUGUUAAUAACACCACACACGUCUCAUAUAUAAACAUAUCAUUUUACAAAGAUGGUAUUUAUAAUCCAUACUUUGACGUAUCCCAUAGUGGUUGAUAUUUACAUCUGUCUGUGUCUAUUUCACUAUCACUAUGUUAUGUACAACUGACUAACGGGUCAUUUACCAUGUAGAUUUCACGGUACUUAAACGCGUGCCUAUGACAUUUGCUUGAGAUCGCUGUGAUCGUUAUUGCUGACAUUUUACACAUACAAAUCCACGUCUAGCCGUUGUAUUAGUUCAAAUGUACAUAUGAAUGUAUAGUGAUUACAUUUCGUACAAAGUUCGUUCAAAACCACUUUUUGAAUUAAUAUUUUUAAUAAACAAACCACAUGACGAGUGUUGUAUUCCAGUCAGGGAGUUUUGUACUCCUUUGUUGAUGAGAGAUAUCAACUCAAUACCGAUGAUUUGGUUGACGGCUCAAGUGCAGAUGUGAUAGCCUUCCUGCUACUGCUUAUGAUAUUGUGUCAUGACGUUAGUCUGAAAUAGUAGUGUUUAUUACAUAAUAGUUGAUGCAUAUUUCUUGAAGGUUUUCGUAUAUCGUUAUUCUGGAUUAUACCAUGUUUCAUCUGAUUACUGUGUUUAUGAAUCCUCUUUAUAUGUAUACUUGAAAAAUACAAUAAAUAUGUAUAUUUCACAAAACAUCGUGAUUGAUAUGUGUCACAUGAUCAAAUGAUAUUUAAAAAUAUUUAAGCUGUACAUAAUUAUGCUUUUGUAUUUAUUUUGCUUCAUGCUCAAUGAUUAUUUAUUCAAUAGAACUGUACAUACCUGGAUGUGAUUUCCUAUCGGGUAGAUACUGCUUUAUAAUGAAACUGCUUAUUCUGACAGUGAAAUCCAUUUGUAGGUUGUCGCUUAUGUGCUGUGUGUGUCACUUGUCAAUCAAGCAUAAGAAGGUGUGGAUUUCAUGUAGAUAUCGCUCGUGCUGUAUUGAGGCCCCCGAAGCAGCUAAAAUCACUGUUUGCUAUCGUGUUUCAAUUAUAUCCACAAAGUAGGCAUCCUUCGUGAUUCAGUGUAUCAUAUUUCAAUUCUGUUAUGAUUCAUAUGUUGGAACCAUUCGAAACCAAAGCUUCGUUUCAAGCCCGGUUCAAAUGACAUUAUGCUGCAAAGCCUCUUUGUUGGCGAAUGAGUCCUUGGUGUUUAUUAUUAAAGAAGGGAAAUUCAAGACCCUAGACAAUGGAUGAUGCAAAGAUGGCGCAACCGUGGGGAUUUCAUUCUAUCAAAAUAUCAUGAUAGAUCCAGUUGAGAUGCUUCAAAACGGAGCAUGUUUCCAUGAAUGCACAAAAAGACAGUUUGGGAUAUUGUAAAGGGAGGUGGUUGCAUCCAAACUUCACAUGACCAAGAGAAUAUAUUCCACUUUGAGUACUAUUGUGCAAUAGCAAAUUGUUUUUCCCCAUCUACAACUUAUAAUAACAUCCUAAAAUCUUACUCAGUUCAUACUUUGCUUCAUAAUUAUACAGUAAAUUUGAGUAUAAAUAUUAAUCUAAGAAGAGUACCGUUAUGUGAAUAUCUACUAGUAUAAUCUAUUGACACAGUAACGGUUUAAAUGAAAUUCUACUGUAUAUCUUAAUUUCGAACUGUCCAAAUAUUGCAAAUAUAUUUUCCUGGUGUUCCUUAGCUAAGGGGUAUCACUAUUUAAGCUGCAGAACAAGCAAAUACAUUCACAAAUCUGUACUUCGUUAGAUUUUGUGAAACAAUGAGAUGAUAUCGUAGAGAUAUGUUAUCUUGUAUAUGUUCUCUCCGUGCCAUCGACUUCAGACAGUGUUAAGUGGAGUUUGACAUGCUUACUAGAAUGUUGUCUGAAAACACGACUGUCACAAAGAUCAGGAUACAUUGCAGAAAUUGCGAUACAUAUUUCUAUUUUUUGUGUCAAAAGAUCUUAUCAAGCUAUUUCGAGGUUCAACAUAAAAUGACCAAAUAAACAGUAUGGAAUCCACACGGGAUGCGACUGCGAUUCUUUAGUGUCUGAAUCCUGUAGGAGUAUAAUCCUCUGAUUCCUGUUAGUUAUGCCAUGAGUGGUACAAGAGUCACAAACCUGCUCAAACGAAUACGCUUACCCUGUAGAUGGUACUGACCAUUCGGUCACCCAGUACAUGGUGCUGACCAAUCAGUCACCACUAGAUGGUACUGACCAAUCAGUCAUCCAGUAGAUGGUACUGACCAAUCAGUCACCCACUAGAUGGUACUGACCAAUCAGUCACCCAGUAGAUGGUACUGACCAAUCAGGCACCCAGUAGAUGGUACUGACCAAUCAGGCACCCAGAAGAUGGUACUGACCAAUCAGGCACCCAGUAGAUGGUACUGACCAAUUGGUCACCCAGUACAUGGUGCUGACCAAUCAGGCACCCAGUAGAUGGUGCUGACCAAUCGGUCUUUUCACUGCGACUCUCCAUAAUGUGUGUUUUUGAGUGGGUGGGCAGUGGGAGCGCUAAGACCAUUCAACAAAGAUUGAUUCCUGCAGGGGUAACUAUGUGUCCAUUCUUCAAGAGUUUAGAGUUGCAAUUAUUUCUGUUUCUUAAUUAACAAAGACCCUUGCACCAACAUAACUCACAGAUCUCAGUUCAAUACCUGGGACAUUUCUAUUGUUGAAGAGAUUCCCUCGUUCCACAAAAUAAUCUUAAUUUUACAGCUGCUAUUGUUCCUGUCUUUAGAUGACUAUUCUAAAUCUGACGCAUCCUUGACCAGAAUGGUGUCCAAUGCAUUUCGUUAUUUUAACACGUAUCAUAUGUCCUCGUGUUAUUUCAGAUGAACACUUGCCAUGCUUUUGCAUGCGUUUGUGACUAGUGUCACUGGUUAGGAAUGAACGCUUUGCACUUUUCACCUUGUCCAUUCUAUUUUAAUGCAAUUUGCCAUCGCAAAGACCUUAGUGUAUGCGACAUGUAUUUCAUAAAGUUUCUGCAACCAUCAGCAGAUUUUGAUUUGUAGCUAUUGCUGGUAGUACAGGUUUUCAAGCAUGGCUAUAAACACUGAGAUUACUUUGUGGACUGACAUACAUACCCUCCCUAAACGCUAAACAGAGAGAUCGUAUUUCAAGCAGAACCUUUUACAUAACACCAAAUGAAAAUGUAAAAAAGUGUUUUUUAUCCGUUUUUGUUGCCGUAUGUAGAUCAAGCAUACGUACGUAUAUGUGUUUGUAAAUUCCAGUGUUAUUAUUCUCCAGUUCAUGUGUGUGUACGAGUUGAUUAGAAAAUGUUAUAUUUUGCAUUUUAGUGCUACAUCAUGUAUAAUACCUUCUGACCACAUCAUAGAACGGACAAGAACCGCUGAUAUAUAUGCUCAAUUCGGGCUGAUGAUAGAGACAGCACAGCCCUAAUUGAGUGCUUAACUUUUGAUGAAAUCACAUGAUAUACCAGAGCUAGAGUGCAAAGGACGGUUGAGGAAUCGUGACGGUGGGGUAGUCGAGUGGGUAAGGCGUUCGCUGGGCACGCUAUCAACGCGGAUCUGAUUCCCCACGUGAGUACACUGUUUGGAUCCCUUUUGUGAUGUCCCCCGACACAAUAUUGCUGGAAUAUUGCCAAAAGUGGCACAAAACCAUACUCCCUCACUAAUUACAAUCACAGUAACAAGUGCAAUCUGUUAACAUAUUUUCUUUAGAUGCGGUUCGGGAGCGAAACACUGACCACGGUUUCAGGGCAGGAGCACCAUCCACUAGACCACCAGUAAUGUUAAUUGUAAUUGCAAGUGUAACGGUCAUUCCUGUAUCUUGUCGAGGACGAUGAAUUAAUCUCAUUGUACGUGUAGCUGUGAUGUUUUCAUUCACGAUUUCAUCAGGAGAUGACGAAUUCAGCUGGUUCUUACUUCUGAUGAUAUAAUAUAUCCCCAAAGUUUGUUGGAUUAAAAUUUGAAAUUUGAGUUUGUAUGGUGAGAAAUAUGAUUGAAAUGAACGCCCGCAGUUAAUUUGUUAUUCGAUAACCUCUCAUAUGAAAUCCCAAUAUCCAUACUUAUUUAUUUACUGUUAUUUGAAGGGCUCCGUGCCACAAAUCUGUGGUAGGCGACUUCCUUACUUUAACAUACACUUACCACUGUCGUUGUACUACGGUGAAUUUGUGGAACGGGCCCUGGGUAUUCGCAGUGAUUUUGUGCAUUGUGAUAUUUUCAUGUCACAUGCAGUCCUGACGUGUAAAGCUUAACUGUUUAAUUAUGAACAUGACAUGCAUAAUUAUUAUUUAUUGGAUGACUAUUUGCUUUACUUUGUCUCACUGUUACAUCCUAAUCUCAUUGUUUUAGACAUUGUGUCUGUGAUAGUUUAUUAACAAAGAAAUCAACUUAUGAAGAAUAAAGUAUUGAUGUUUUUCAUAA